GACGUAGUUGCCAAAACACACCGUCGCGCGGGAAAACGAACACUCCGAAGAAUCAAUAAUUUCAAGUGGAUUGUGGAUUCCAAAAAUGUCUAAAAUGCCGCCGGCGGACGUGUGAAUUAGUGGCGGGUGUGAAAACUUGAGUUAUAAGCCGAGAAAAGAUGUAACGCGAGGCAGAGGGAGGUAAAUGUGAGGAGUGUGUUGGGAAGCUGUGCUGUGGCUGCUAGCUCGACCGUCGUGUUUACAAGUUGCUCAGUGUCCCCUGCUUCACCUUCCUUCACAUUUGAUGAUGCUGAAGCCUGAUGGGUGAUCACAAUGGUGAGGCCGGUUAACUCCAAACGCAAGCUUUUCAGCGCUAGCAAAGAACAGAAGGAGAAUGAACCAGCUGAUGGUGAAUUAAGAAGUAAAAGCCACACUGAAAUCUUAGGCUUGACUGACACCUCCAACAGCAUCAAUAUUGGUACCCAUAAAAAGAUCACGAAGAGUACUAGCAGUGUUGGAGGGUGCAAUAGUGUUGGUGUUGGGAAAACAAUGGUGGGGUGGGCGGAAGAUGUCUCCGCAGCUCACCGUACUCCCAGCCGGCCAGUCAUGCCAAUGUCUGAGAGGCAACAGAUUGCACUUCUUAUGCAGAUGUCCUCACCUUCCCCUCCAGACAAAGCAGAGCUGAGCAAUUCCAACAGCCCACGCACCCCAAACACUCCAAAUUUUGGACGAGGUGUUAACAAGCGUAAUGAACGUGGUGAAACUCCUUUGCACGUGGCUGCCAUUAAAGGAGAUACUGAACGCAUAUCCCAGCUUAUAUCUCAGGGUGCAGAUGUAAAUGCCACCGAUUAUGCUGGCUGGAGUGCACUUCAUGAAGCAUGUAAUCGUGGAUUUUAUGAUGUAUCGAAGUUGUUGAUUGAAGCAGGCGCAGACGUUAAUGCCAAAGGUUUAGAUAACGAUACUCCGCUACAUGAUGCCUGCAUCAAUAAUCAUUUCAAGCUGGUGCGGCUCCUGCUAAGGUGUGGUGCUGGAGUUGAUGUUGUGAACAGAAGAGGGAAAACACCUCGAGACGUCUGUCGCUCACCAGGUAUUGCAUCCCUGAUAGAAGCAGCAGCACGUGGACAUAUCCAGGAAUUGGGCUCAUCUUCUGGUGACGAACUCCCACAACAUUUCAAAGGUGGCAGUUGCACAAGUAUGUCUAGGCGGACUCCUCCUGCCAACAAAUCUUCCGAGGAUAAGCCUGGAGGUGGACCCGGGUCACCGAGAGUUACUCUUCGUUUGCCUAACAGUGUUGCACGCACUCCAGAGAAGCCAAGACCACACGAUAACAAAAAUAUAAUGGAAAGCAGUGAGGAUGUCUACGAGUUCAAAUGUAGCAAAGAUGAUGGGAGAGUUGAGGAAGAGGAAGACAAAGGAGCUGGGGUAGCAGCAAGAACAGAGGCAACUGCCACAGAUGACAAAGGAGACAAAAGGGGAAGAGAGCCAGAACCUGAAGAAGAUGAGGAGGCAAGAAAGAAGAGGAGAAAAGAGGAGGUUAAAGAAGGUGCAAAGGGAGUAGGAAGAGGUGGUGGCAGACCUACUGGACCAGCAGACAAAAGUGUUAAGUGUGGUGGUCGUGGUAGUACAGGAAACAAUAGUGGCACAGGAGGAAUCAAGCAGUCUUCUGCAGCAAGUGGGGCAGUAGCUGGGGAACGGAAGAGUCCAAUGGGAUCUGCAGCAAACAGUCCAAAACCGCCGAGUACUAAAAAUGGUGGAGAAAGUAGUGAUACCGAGGACGAUGUUAAGAGUGAAUCAAGUUCGGGUGCUGGACCUAAAGUUCCGCCCCUAAAAAUUGUGCUCGGUGGCGGUACAGAACAAGAGCCAAAUACACGAAAUGGUAAAAAUUCUAGUAAUCGUCAAUUGCCAUAUGUAGUGAACACUAGCUCGGGAGAAGAGAAGGAAGUUGCCGCAGAAGGGAAAGAGAUCGUUUCAACUACUAAGGUGAAUUGUGAUGUGGAUGAUGCGGGUAAUUCCAAUAACAACUGUGGUAGUAGCUCUGGCAGUGAGAAGGGUAGUGGUACUAGAAUUACUAGAUCUCAGCGGGGAGGCAAUUCAAGCUCUACGGAAGAAUCAACAACAGCCUCAACUUCUACUGUUAAAGCUGAACCAUCAGUGAAAAUAGAAGAGUCAACUCGCCCCACUACAACAAUGGAUGAUGCUGUUCAUCCUCGUAAGAGAAAAAUUAAGAUGAAAGAGCCAGAGGCUGAACCUGCUGUUGUUUCACUUGUUGAUCAGCCAAUGAGUAAUUGUUAUGAAACAUUUCUCAAUAUUCGGAAGCAGAUUGAACGUCGGCGAGAAAAUUUGCGACCAGUGCAACCAAAGCCACCUCAAGGGUUCAAGGACUAUCUAAUGAACCGGUGCUCUUAUGUGUUAGCAGGAAAUGCCACUUCCAGGUUAUCUGUGCCAGUAAUGUCCCCUCCAGCAUCACUUUCAGCACUGCUCAAAGAACUCUUUAAUGAUCAGGAAAAGGAGCGUUAUCGCUUAAGACUACAGCAUCUCAUAGAGAAGGAGAAGUUGGUGCUCAGUGUUGAGCAGGAAAUCCUCCGUGUACAUGGCAGGGCUGCCAGGGCACUUGCAAAUCAAGCACUCCCCUUUUCUGUCUGUACAUUUUUGAAGGAUGAAGAGGUUUAUAAUAUAAUCUCGCCUGAACAAGAGAAAGAUGGCAAUGCCCGUUCCCGAUACAAUGGCAGAUUGUUUCUCUCUUGGCUGCAGGAUGUUGAUGAUAAGUGGGACAAAAUCAAGGAAUUUAUGGUUUUGCGUCAUCAUAAUGAGGCUGAAUCACUUCAUGCAGUUCAGCGAAUGGACUGGGAGUGGAAACUCAAAGAGUUAGGAGACUGUGAUGCUAAUUCUCGACCCCACAUAGAUGAACUUCAUGUACCUAUGGUACAUGUGUCUGAUGAUUUUGACCUUCUUCCAGAGUGAACGGCUUAGUAAUUUGUGCCGAAUUUAUUUGUAUCAACAUUACACAACUUUGAGCUAUUGUGAGGUUCAGUCUUAGACAUAGAUGAAAUGAUGUCUAUAACCUAGCAAUCACAUGCUCAAACUUACCUGGGCAUAAGCAAGAAGGAACCUUCAAUGGAGAGGUUUGUAGAUUUGCAAUUUUCUCUUGACUGUGAUAUUUGUAAGAGGGUUAAAUAUUGUAUAACAAACCUCAUCCAAGGGUAGUGAACCAGAAUUCAGUAAGCCCGGUUCUAGUUCAAAUUUUGCUUAAGGUGCCCUAGGUUAUGUAUUCUGAUGCUGAGAAAUGGUUUAUAGAUUGAUUGUAACUUGUGAUCCUUUAGUUCUCAUUAGUCAUCGAUCUUCCUUGACACUGCAGGUUAAGGAUUUAUGUCGAAGUUUUAGGACAAGAAAAGGGUCUGUAUUUCUGUGAUAUACAAUUGACUUUCAUAGUAUCUAGGGUAUAUGACUCGAUUCGUACAUCCCAAGUGUUUGCAUCGGCUUUUGCAAUGACAUUGCUGUUUCAGUGCAAUUUUUCACUGGAAAUUAUUCAAAGUUGUUUAUUAAUGAUGUACAAGGUGUUAAGAAAGCCAAAAUAUAUUAGGUACUCUUGUGGUUGAAUGUUAAUGUGCACUAGGUUGUGUAGUUGGAGCUUAAGGCUUUGGUACUUCCAGCAAACCUGGCUCUGUAUGAAUGCAUUUUACUUGUCAGUUUGCUAGAUGUCUAUGAUGUUCAUCUCGUACAUAUAUAACAAAUUAAUAUAUGUUGCAUUGUUAUCAAAUUUAAGAAAUUAAUAAUUGGCAUAGCCUGUAUAGUGUAAUGUAUGAAGUGAAAGUUUUACGAACGGUAUGGUAAUGUUUAUUGUAAAGAUAAUCAUGAUCAGUCCAGUAAAGAAACUUGUCAAAUAACAAUAAGUAACUUGUAAGACAAUUACUUGCUCAAUUUAAUAUAAUCUAUGCUAAAGCUUCAUAACUAUAAAGUAGUAUUUGAUUUUACAAGCCCUUUAGUAAAAUUUUGAAGAUAUAAAAGGGAACCUGAUUAUACUAGAUGUGCCAUGUGUUAGAUAUGUUUUGACACAAAUGGUAACUUCAUUCUAAGUCACCCAAUAAAAAUUAUAUCAA